AUGCAAGCUCGUUUCGCGCUCGCCAGUGGCCGCCUGAGCCAGUCGCUCGUCCAUUCUGCGUCCAAGUCGACCAUCUCAUCCUCGACAGUGAUGGAAGCACUGUCAUCAUCCCCAUCAUCGUCAUUCUCAUCACCGGCAUCCGCUCUUGCUUUGAGAUGCGCUCCGCUGCUGCACGUGCGACGCAUCCACCUGCUCAAGCCAAGACAUCUCACACCGAGCGGAUCCAGCCACCCCAGCGCACGACAGACAAUCACUGCUGCUGCAGUCUCAAGCAAUGCCGCAGAGCGAGUGCUGGCCGGUGGACUGACUGGCGCUCUGAGCAGUGCGCGGGCACAGUCCACAGCGGCAGCCUCAGACAAGGUCAAUGUUCGCUUCAUCACCGAGCACAACGAAAUCAUUGCAGUCAAGGCCAGUGUUGGCGACAAUAUUCUGGAUCUCGCGCAUGCCAAUAACAUUGAUCUCGAAGGUGCAUGCGAAGGCACGCUUGCUUGCUCAACCUGUCAUGUUGUCCUGCCAAAACAAUACUACCAGCUUCUUCCCGAGCCCGAGGACGAGGAGAACGACAUGCUCGAUCUGGCGUUUGGGCUCACCAACACAUCGAGACUUGGAUGCCAAGUGAUCAUCACCAAAGCGCUCGAAGGGAUGGAUAUCAAGCUUCCUGGUGGUGCGCUUGAUGCGCGACGGGCUGACAAGUGA